GCGUCUCGCUGUUGUCGGAUUGAAAAGUUGGGCCUCCGUUAAAGCCAAAUAUCUUAUCGAAGACAAGCUUUGCGCUUCCGUCAGGAGACAAGCAAAAUGGGCGACUCAGCCGAACUUGAUCAGCGGCUGUUUAAUGGACAUCAAAUCAAAGUUGUAACCGGCUUGGAUCGACCACAGAAAGCAAGGCCGGUGGGUGAGCAAUCGGUAGCAAUCAGGCGUCAGGCAGUAAUGGUUAUACUGGCCAAUCUGGGUGUAUUAACAACUGGAUUCAGCCUGGCUCUGCCCACAGUUGUGUUCAGCCAGCUGACAAGCAAAGAGGAGCCGGUUUACUUGAAUGUGACACAGGCUUCCUGGUUUGCGUCGAUAAACACCUUAUCCUGCCCAUUGGGUGGAAUAUUGUCGGGACUAAUACUGGACAGAAUUGGACGGAAACAUACGCUGUAUGUGAUCAACAUGAUGGGCAUCACUGCCUGGUCACUGCUUGCCACAGCGAGUACAACAAAUUCAGAGUCCUUUUACAUGCAGCUGAUUGUAUCACGUUUUCUUAUUGGUGUUACAAUGGGUCUGGCUACGGCACCUGCGGGUGUUUAUGCGGCAGAGGUUAGUGUGCCCCGUUCACGUGGCAGCCUCAUACUGGGUACCUCGAUAUCGGUCGCAUUGGGCAUCACAGUUCUCUAUAGCAUUGGCUACUUUAUACGCAAUGAUUUUCGCCUCAUUGCCCUCAUUUGCUGUGGUUAUCAGAUAACGGCUCUGCUUUGUGUGCUGCCCCUGCCCGAGACGCCCAGCUGGUUGUUGGCCAAGAAACGUGUGGAGGAGGCCAAGAAGUCACUAAACUAUUUUCGUGGACUCGAUAAGUCACCACACAUCAGCCAUCCCGAGGUAUUGGAGGAGUUCAAUGUGCUGCAAAAAUCGAUUCAGCUGCGGGAUGGUGAACGGAAACCUUCGUUCUUGCGCUGCCUAAAGUUGCCGGAGGUGUACAAGCCGCUGUUUAUAUUGAUGGGUCUGUUUGCGUUCCAGCAGCUUUCGGGCAUUUUCGUGGUUAUUGUGUAUGCCGUGCAAAUCUCCACGAAUGCUGGCGUCUCCAUUGAUCCGUUCACCUGUGCCGUACUCAUUGGCGCAGCACGAGUGCUCACCACCUGUCCCAUGGGCUAUGUCCUGGAAAAGUGGGGCCGUCGACGUGCUGGCAUCAUCUCAACGGUGGGCAUGACCGUGUCCAUGCUGCUGUUGGCUUGCACUGGCUGGUUUGAGUUGUUGCAAGGUGUGCCUUACUUACCAGUCGUGGCCAUUAUUAGCUUCAUUGUGCUCAGCACGUUGGGCUUGUAUACGCUGCCCUUCUUCAUGAUCUCGGAGCUGUUUCCGCAGAAGGUGCGUGGUCCGGCAGCGGGUCUAACUGUGGCUGUCGGCAUGUUUUUCGCCUUUCUCUGCAUCAAAAUCUAUCCGGAUAUGAGAGUGGCAAUUGGCAUGAGCAACUGUUUUGUGUUCUAUGGGGCGAUGUCGUUCCUUGCAACGGUAUUUAUUUACUGGUUCCUGCCGGAGACGCGACGACGCACCCUGCUUGAGAUCGAGGAGCAGUUCCGUAGUGGGGCGCGCAAGAAAAGACCCACCGCCGUCGAGAUGCAAGAGGUUAUUGUGCCAUUUAGGCAGGAAGCAGGAAAUUAAAAUAUUAUAAAUAUAACUUAUGUAAUUAGUGCUGUGAUAAAAUUUAGUACAUACACACAUUCAUCUCGUACACUCGAGGAAAAUGAAUCUCCCUGAAAUUUAGAAAAUCACCCUUAAAUUUAAAUUGCUCUGCAGUUA